GGUGAAACCAAAGCCAAAUUGAAUAAUGAUCCAGGCAGUUGUUGUUGUAAUGGUUUUCUUUACUAUAUCACUAUGGGUUGCGGUCUUAGUUGGCUUGUCGGAGGUAUGAACCGUAGCGACAUUCGUGCAAGACAUAAUAUUGAAGGGAGUUGUCUCGGUGACCAUUGUACUCAUUGUUGUUGUUGUUUAUGUGCCUUGGUUCAAGAACAUCGUGAAGUUCAUACAAAUUAA